CAAAACCGGAAGCAGGCUUCCUUGACAACGGUGUACACUGUACAGUACUGUACUCGAGUUUUGCUCACGCUGUGGAACUCUGCGCGACGAUGUCGGUCUCGGACGUAAACGAUUUUAUCCGACAAAACCGUGCAGUGGCUGACCAAGUGGAGGCGUUCCGAGGACACUGGGAAAGCGAUAAGCACUGGGUGCCCAGGAGGGAAUUCAUACUGCGGAAUAUGAGCGGAUUUGAGAGCGAGUUGCACAUGGACCAGCUGCUUUCGCUUUCAAUGGUGUGGGCCAACAACGUCUUCCUCGGCUGCCGGUAUAGUACGGAGCUCCUUAACAAAGUUAAACAAAUGGCCGAGGGUAUCGAGGUGGAGGACGCGCCCGUUUUCAAGACAAGAGAUGAAAUUGUAAAGCAGCAGCAGGGCAGAUGAUGGAUUCCUUUUCUUGCUGUUGGGAACAUCCAGGCUGUGCUUCUGUUCUGUUUGCUUUCACACCAAUAGAUGAUUUUUUAAAAAAUGAAUUAAUGUAUGAUGCCAGCAGUGUGGACAUUUGUCAUGUCAUUUUAUCUCAUUGUUGUAGUGUACUAGUUUUUAUUUUUUUUAAAUGACCUAUUUUAAAUGUAUUAAAAUAAAAAUCCUCCUGUGUUAACUGGAAUUAUUGGGCAUUCUUUCACCCAAAAAAAAACAACAAUUCUGGACAAACUGACCUUUUUCCUCAAGUACCUGGAAAAAAAAAGAUGUUUCUUAAAUGUGACUAUUCUGAUUAAAAUACAGCCAUUCUCUAGACUAAAACUUGAACCGAAAAACACCAUAAAGCUAUGAUUACUACUUGUUGAA